UCCCAGUUGUUGUGUUGUCGAGAUGUAAUACGGCCGCUUUCUAUCUCUUUCGCUCGCUGUUUGCUAACCCACAUUGCCCAAUAGUAGUUACCUUUGUUCACAAACAAACAAAAAAACGUUCCCAUAUUGCAAAACCCAGCAUCAAAUGUGGUGUCGCUGAGCUUUCAAAAUCAGAUCAACGAUCAUGGAACCGAUUCCAGAGUCGCAGGAUGUGAGCUUACGCAACCGAAAGGCUCACAAGAAAGGUAAAACAUCAUCCACGGAAGAGGUACGAUAUGCGGAAGACAAAUUGGCCGAAAUUGAUGAAAAAUCGUUGAAAAACAACAUCAAAAGACUUGAACCGAUAAGCGAGGAACCUGAAAAGCCAAAAUCACAGGUUGGCGACGACAAUCGCGAUAACGAUGGCGAGUUUAUGAUUCGAGUUCAAUUGGAUGGCGCUUCCGUGGUUCUUUUCCUGGUCUCGCUAGUGACACGGUUCUAUCGGUUAACCCACCCCAGUGGAGUCGUAUUCGACGAGAUCCACUAUGGCCGCUUCGCCUCCCUAUACCUGCGGAACACAUUCUACUUCGAUCAACAUCCACCGCUGGGCAAGAUGCUGAUAGCCGGAGCUGCCAGUGCCGUUGGAUACAGUGGGAAGUUUGAAUUUCCCAAAAUUGGUAGCGAAUACGAUGCGAGCGUCCCGGUCUUUGCUUUACGCUUCAUCCCCGCACUAUGCGGUAGCUUGCUUGGUCCAGUAGUGUACAGCAUCCUACGACAGAUCCGACUUAGUCAGCGAAUGUGUAUCAUUGGAGGACUUCUCAUCAUUUUCGACAAUGCCCUGCUGACCCACUCCCGGUUUAUCCUCAUGGAACCGAUGCUGCUGCUCUUCUCCAGUGUCGGCAUACUGUUCGUUUUCAAAUUCCUCAACAGCAACCCGUUCAGCGCCCGCUGGUGGUCAUUCGGUGCCCUGGCAGCACUCUCGCUAACGGCCGGCGUUUGUGUGAAAUACAUCGGAUUCUACAGCUAUUUCCUUGCCUGCUACAUCAUCGGUCGCCAUGUUUGGAUGCAGCUCCCCGAUCGUUCUCAGUCCAAUCUCUAUCUUAUCAUCAAAACUGUCGUAAAAGCUGCCCUCUUCAUUACGAUCUCAGUAGGCCUCUACCUGGGCUGCUUCUAUCUCCAUCUGAACAGUCUGUACAAAGCGGGUCCCCACGAUAGUGUGAUGACCAGCGCCUUCCAGGCGUCACUGGAAGGCGGCCUAGCGUCAAUUACCAAAGGUCAACCUUUGCGAAUACAGCACGGCUCGCAGAUUACCUUGAAACACACGCAUGGUCGAGUCUGUUGGUUACACUCACAUGCCCACGUCUAUCCAAUCAAGUACAAAGAUGGUCGAGGAUCAAGUCAUCAGCAGCAGGUGACUUGCUACGGGUUCAAAGAUGUGAACAAUUGGUGGAUUGUGAAGCGACCGGACAAAGAAAAUAUAGCCAUUGAAGAUGAGCCGGAUUACAUAGAACACGGAGAUGUUGUUCAGUUGGUUCAUGGUGUGACGAGCAGGGCCUUGAACAGCCAUGACGUGGCAUCACCGAUGACUCCAUUGAGCCAGGAGGUGUCCUGCUACAUCGAUUAUAACAUAUCGAUGCCGGCUAAUCUGCUGUGGAAGGUUCAGAUCAUUAACGCCAAAGACUCAAACAAUAAAUGGAAUGCGAUCACUUCUCAGGUGCGAUUGGUUCACGUCGAUACGUCCGCUGCAUUAAAGUAUACAGGAGAACAGCUGGGCGACUGGGGUUUUAAUCAGUUUGAAAUCGCAGCCGAUAAAAGGCAGUUCACCAUUGACACCAUUUGGAACGUCGAAGAACAUCGCUACACCCAGGAUAAGGACAAGAAGGAUGUGCUGGCAAAGCUACUGACGACCGAGAUGAUUCCUACUGAGCCAACGAGAUUAUCGUUCUGGGAAAAGUUUUCCGAGCUACAGCUGAAGAUGCUGUUCCAUGCGGAAAAGCUGGAAGGUCACAUGUACUCCUCGGAACCGUUCGAGUGGCCUUUGAUGGAUAAAGGCAUUGCCUACUGGGUCGAUGGCGCGUCCAAUGCCCAGAUUCAUCUUUUAGGUAACCUAGUGACCUGGUACUCGGCAACGCUUGCCAUCGUCGCGUACGUUGGUUUGCUGGUAUUCUACUUGAUCCGACGUCGCCGGCAGUUCUUCGAUCUUGGGGAUGACGAAUGGCAGAAGUUUCGCUUUGGAGGCGAGAUAUUCCUGGCAGGGUAUUUCAUUCAUUAUUUGCCAUAUUUCUUCAUGGAGCGAACGUUGUUUUUAUACAACUAUCUUCCUGCAUUAGUCUACAAAAUCCUGUUGCUAUGCUUCGUGUUGGAACACGUUCAGUUAAUGAUCAAAAAGUUUAUCAGAGUGCAACUCGUAUCGUUGAUUUUCUCUACACUUCUCGCUAUCUGGACUGGUGGCGUGCUGUACUUCUACUCUAAGUAUAGUGUUCUUAGCUACGGAACAACAGAACUCAGUGCUGAUGAUGUUCUAAAAUUACGACUAAAGGAUACAUGGGAUCUAAUUGUUCACAAACCUUAAGGCGAUUGAAAUAGUUUGAUCAAAUAUGUUGUUUUCAAUUACACAGAAUACUCUUUAUUAAAUACUCUAAAUUUCACGCUUAGCG